AAACCUGGCACUAGUAACCAACCUGACACUUUUUGGUAUGAGGUUCAAAGCAAGCUGAGGCGAUAACGGAGGGCGACGUAAAAACCCUGCGCACUGAUUGGCCAGAGAAAGUCGUCAUUGCGUCACGACGUCAUUAUUGAACGACAUGGGGCAUCCUGCACGAAUACUAUCAAUGGCAGAACCCCGCCAUUUUUUAACAAAAAAGCUACUAUAGUGGCCGCAAUUUUUUUAAUUUAUGCUGUGGUUAAUUUGAAUAGAUGGCACCCUUCAAAACCACGCGGUGGUUAAUUGAGGAGGUGCAGACGUUCCUCUGUUUGGUGGCCGACGAAAGGAUACAGCGACUGCUGGAUGGGGCAACUCGGAAGGAGAAGGUCUACCAGGAAGUGUCUGAAUUGUUGGCCGCACACGGAUACCAAAGGACAUUCCAACAGUGCAGGGAAAAGUUAAAAAAACUUAAAAGUGACUAUAGGUCUAUCAAGGACCAGAACAGCGGGAGUGGUUCGCACAGAAAGAGUUGGAAGUGGUUCGACCAGAUGGACGCAAUAUAUGGCCAUAAACCUACGAGCAAUGGAACUGGGAAGGAAGACGAUUUGUCCACAGAUUUGUUGGAGUCACUGAAGGAUGAAGAGGCUUCGAUAAGCGAAGAGAACUCCGAUGACGCCCCGUUGGCACCUGUAGCAGUGGCAUCCCCGGCACCGGCCUCACCUGCACCGGCAACAUCCACCGCCAACAUGACAUCGCAGCGUGUAUUCACAGGCAGGAGGAAACGACAUCGGGAAGAUGAACAUCUGACUGUCUUGAGGGAGAUGUUGGCGGCCGAUGUGGAGCAGCAGGAACUAAACCGGGCACAGCAGGAGCGGAAUUUACAGAUGGCACUCGAUGAUGCGGUGCAAGCAAGGGAGCUGGAAGCAGCCUUGAGGAGGGAGGAGAAUGCUGAAACUGCAGCCUUUAAUCAAGCUUUCCUUGGUACACUGGGCCAGCUAGUGCAGGCAUUGAGUGGCCGGCGUGACCCAGUUCCUCCACCCCUGGACUAGACCCCUGACCCUGGACUCGACCCCUUAUGCCUUAGGUAUAUAGUUUGUACUUUUGUAUAUAUAUUUCUGUUUUAUUUGCACAUUUGUUUUCAGUAAACUGUUCUACA